UUCUUGCAUUACAGGAUGAUUUUACAAUAACUAGUGCUGGAUUGCUUUCAAUGGAGAUAACACUAACUCUCGGAAAUGAAUCUAUUUAUUCUAAUGUAAAACCAAAAGGUCAACUUCAUUGCAGGGUUAGGUCAUUUAUUGCUGAUUUAUUGGCAAGUACAUCAAAGGAUUGGAUAACUAUUUUUGGAUUUCACAAUUCUCGAACAUACAACAAUCAAUGGAUGGCAAGAUCUGAACCAAUAAAAAUUAAAUUCAAUAUGGAAGAAUAUGAUUUUGUUAUUCAAGCUGUUUUGCUAAUUCUAUGCAAAAUUACUGGUAAAAAACAAUUUAUUUAA